GGCCUCCCCUCCCCAAUGUUUGGUAUUUUAGUAGUUUCUCUCGAUAUGACGUAAGAUUUGAGCUUGUUGUUCUGUCUCCGAUAAGUUGGAACUCUGCCAGGAGUUAGCGAUCAAAAGCUUUUGUGUUGUUCUGAUAACAGAUGUUAUGGAGUGUUACAGCUCAUUUGGCUGACUAUCGACAUCAUGAAACAUGACAGUUUCUUUGCUAUGUCUUUAUAAGGAUCGUUUGCAUAUCAAAGUUGGCCUAAGUACGGACGCUGAUAAAAUUUUUGUAAUGGCCAGGAUUAAGCUCGCUGAGGGAAGCAAAUUUUCAAAAUCUUGCAGACGUCAUAUGUGAACAGUAUCUAGUUAUUUCUACGGUUGGAAAACAAGUUUUUACCCAUCAAAAACUCCUGCAUGCAUACACUAAACAUUUCCAUCUGCAUAGUGAUUCCGCGUAGGAAUGGCCGAGUCUAGCAGUACCUUACACGUGUUAACAGGAAACAAAGAUGCAAAUGCGGUCCAGUUGAUGGCCAAGAUAUCCAGCUUGAGUUUGAAUGUGGUAAAGUAGGUCACAGGUCACUUUAGCUUUAAAUCGAUCAUGUUACUGAGAUGACCUUAUGUUAUUGUAACACAGUUACUUUGAACAAUAAAUUGUACAGGAAUAUUCUUAAAUUCAGUGCGACGGAAUCAUAUUUGUUUUGAAGUUGUACGGGAUUAUUCAAUCGUAAUAUUCGUUGGUAUUCUGUAUUAUUUCCUUAAAGCGAUUAAUGAUUUAAUCAAUCAGUCACCACCUACGUCCCACAGUCACGACAAAGAAGACGAAAUGAAAAGUUCCGUACCAUUUGGAGAGUUGCCAGCUCUGGAGGUGGAUUUACAGCUGUAUUCAGGGGUGGAGCCUAUCCUUCGUUAUGUGGCUCAGCUAGCUGGCUUCUGUCCUACUGACCCCAUUGAGGUAUUAGAAGCAGACAUGCUGUUAAAAGCAGUGGAGGAUUUCAGAAGGUGUCCUAAACCGAUGAUCCCGAAUCCAACAGACGAAGAGCCUGGCCAGGAGAUGAGAGGUCUGAUGAGAGGAGUUAGGGGGCUGGGGAGACCUCCCCGACGUGGAGGCAGGGGGAUGAGGAGGGGGAGGGGCAUGAGGCACCUUGUUGAUGACGAGUCAGGAGGGUUUGGACCAGUACGGAGACAAAGACGACGGCACGGACUGGAUCCAAUGAGCGGUGAAAGAAAGAACCCAUUCGACUUGAAGGAAGAGGAGAACACACCUGGUAAUCUGAUUCUUGGUAACCAUCUGCUGGAAAACCAUCGCCAGCUCAGAAAGAUUAAAAAAGCAAAGGAUUACUUGAUUGGAUUUAGUCGACAUCUAGAGAACAGUCUAGAUGGAGCAGAGUUCCUGGUGGGAAGCAAUCUGAGCUAUGCGGAUUUUUCUUUGUUUGCGGAGCUGAGGACUCACUUAACGGCCCAGCCAGAGUUCCUGAAACAUUUCCCAACUUUGCAGAACUGGCACAACAGCCUGGCAAACGCUCAACCUUUCAGCAACUUUAUGAACUGAAAUCUGAGCUAGUGAAAUGAAAAUGAUCAUACCUUCCGCAUUCGAUGUUGGUGUUGUUGUGAAAAUGUUGUUUUAAAACUAAAAGUGAACAAGAUACCAUAAAGCUAGGAGUAGGUGUGUUAACUCACCUCAAAGUUGAAAUACAUUCAUGAGAUUCAGGGAUAUCUUCCAGUGUGGCUGUGUGGAUGGGUCUUGGAGCCUGUUGAUAUGCUCUUUGUUGCAGCGGCUGCCACGGCCACGCCAUUAAAAUCUUAUCGAUUUAACCAACAUCACAAGCCAUCAAGUUAUUGUCAUGCUAAAUUGAAGCACCUUGAAAAAUUAGAGAAACAGAAGGCCAAAUCAUUGAAAACAUUUACCGACAAAGACAAGUAUAUCAUUUGUCUUUUAUAACGCAGUUUUCCAAAGAACUGUGUAAUAUUAGCCUAGCUAUUUAAACUUUUUAAGGUCGACUGUAAAACGGGUAUAUCAACUUCAUGUGACUUUUAAUGUAUUGCAUCUUAAAUUCU